GAGCCAUCACCACCACCAGGAAAAAUACCAGCAGCGAUAAAAUGCACGGCCCCAUUUGACUGUCAGUUAGGCGUUUGGGCGUUUUGAAGGCUUGGUCCUGGUGAGGUCUGUUGGAGAAUAUUUUCUGAACACAAUGAAGGUGCUCUGUCAGGCCGAGCUUUCUGGUUUUUAGCCAGUUGGCUGCAAUUCCAGGGAUGGCUAGCUGAGCUAACCUAGCUAGCUAACACUUAGCCUGCCCAUUUAGCUACACUGGUCACUGGGCGCUUCGGUCUGCAGGAGGAUCACCGCUCUGAGCGCAAAUCUAACAACACAUUUAUUUUCAGCCGGAUUGCUACGAGGCUGAUCGUCUGUCGAGUGGUUGAGUCAGCGAGGUUGGGCUCUCUGUGUGUUCAGUAGAUGGACAGUUUGACGGGCGCUCAUUGUCACUGCGCGGGCGUACAGUGUUGGUUUCGGGGCGGCUAGCCUUGUACUCGGCCGGGCAACCAGCAGAGGGAUUGUACAAAUGUGGCAGCCAGGAGUGUCCCACUGCCUCUGGGACCCAAGUUGGUAGUUUGAAAUAAAAACCAGAUAUUUCUUUUACACAAACGGACUGACUAGCUACGAUUUAAAAGUGCUGGCACAUUGAAAAUCCAUCAACUUGUCACGUUAGCUUGGUUAUAACGUUAGCAGCACUUAGCUCACAAGCUAGUUACCCAAACUAAUUAUCAGCUCUGCUUUUUUUUUUUUUUGUAAAGGGCAUUUAAUAAAAUGCUAAUUUACACCUUCGUGAGUCAUCUGUGAUGUUUGCGGACAUGUUGCAUGUUGCACAUUUUCAGUGAUCAGCUGUCAGCCCCUGUAGCCUGAGGAUUUACAAAAGACUUUGACUAAGCUGUCAAAUAUUUGACACUUGACAGCAGUUUUGCCAUCAACAAGGAAGGCCAGAUUCUGCACUAAGCAACUCUAUUAUCAGCGCCUGGAUAUAACUUGUUGAAAACGGACUUUCUGAUUUAUUUGAUACUUUGUGUGAGGUGUAGCCCGGCGCCCCUUGUCAGACGGGCUUUUCAGCUCAUGCGGUGAUGACUUUAGACUCCAUGAUGGCUUGUUGCCUGAGUGAGGAGGCGAAGGAGUCCAAACGAAUCAACGCUGAGAUCGACAAACAACUCCGGCGAGACAAGAGGGAUGCAAGGCGGGAGCUGAAGCUUCUUCUGCUGGGUACUGGAGAGAGUGGCAAGAGCACCUUCAUCAAGCAGAUGAGAAUAAUCCAUGGAUCAGGCUACACAGAUGAGGAUAAGAAAGGUUUCACCAAACUGGUCUACCAGAACAUCUUCACCUCAAUGCAGGCCAUGAUCCGUGCAACUGAGACCCUUAAGAUCCCGUACAAGUAUGAACAGAACAAGAAUAAUGCCCAGGUGGUGCGUGAGGUGGACGUGGAGAAGGUUUCAUCAUUCGAGCAGCCGUACAUCAGUGCGAUAAAGAUGCUGUGGGCUGACCCUGGCAUCCAGGAGGCCUAUGAUCGCAGGAGAGAGUACCAGCUCUCUGACUCAACCAAAUAUUACCUUAAUGAUUUAGAACGAAUAGCCACAGCGGGGUACGUGCCCACUCAGCAGGAUGUGCUGCGGGUUCGAGUGCCCACCACCGGCAUCAUUGAGUACCCGUUUGACCUGGAGAAUAUUAUCUUCAGCUAUCUAAGUGAUCUGGAUCGUAUUGCUGAACCGUCCUAUCUACCAACCCAACAGGACGUGCUUAGGGUUCGAAUCCCAACCACUGGGAUCAUAGAAUACCCAUUCGACUUGCAAAGCAUCAUUUUCAGGAUGGUGGAUGUGGGGGGUCAGAGGUCAGAGAGGAGGAAGUGGAUCCACUGCUUUGAGAACGUCACCUCCAUCAUGUUUCUGGUGGCGCUCAGCGAGUACGAUCAGGUCCUGGUGGAGUCUGAUAACGAGAAUCGUAUGGAGGAGAGUAAAGCUCUGUUCAGGACCAUCAUCACAUAUCCGUGGUUCCAAAACUCCUCCGUCAUCCUCUUCCUCAACAAGAAGGACCUGCUGGAGGAGAAGAUCAUGUAUUCUCACCUGGUUGACUACUUUCCAGAGUUUGAUGGUCCCCAGCGUGAUGCCCAGGCGGGUCGUGAGUUCAUCUUGAAGAUGUUUGUGGACUUGAACCCAGACAGUGACAAGAUCAUCUACUCCCAUUUCACGUGCGCCACCGACACGGAGAACAUCCGCUUCGUCUUUGCUGCCGUCAAAGACACCAUCCUGCAGCUCAACCUCAAAGAGUACAACCUAGUGUGAGCAGAGAAACGGAAAAAGAGAGAGAGAGAGAGAGAGAGAGGGAGGGAGGGAUAGAGAGAGACCUGCAGCCCC